ACAAGCAGACGGCAAAGCGUAAACAGAUUCCAAACGAAGAGGAUCUGGUUGACUCUACCAAACAUCAAUCUCUUCUACAACAGGGCACGAGUUGAAAUGGUCGGGGGAGGAAGCACAGUAUUUUCGAGCCUGUUGCUGGCUGUUGUGCUUCUAAGCAACAGCUGUUCCGUGAUAUGUGCAGAUGGAGAGACAGCUGUUCAAGAAAAUGAGUUGGUUCCCUCGCCCACCCUGCUGACCAUCAAGGAAAUCCACAAAGUGAGGCGACGCGACGACCCGAGCGGCAGACAGCAGAACAUAAGGCUGGUUGUUGAUCAGCACGACCCGAUCUCAGGCGCCGAAACGUUGACCCUGACUCUACAAACGUUCGACAACGAGACGAUUCCAUACGAGGCUGUCCAGAUACCGGAUCCAAGUGCCACGGAAUUCGAGUUUGAAGGGAAUUUCGUUGACGCGAAGGCCAUCUCCGUUGAGGCCAAGAGGAACGGGUCGACACUGGCUUGUGGCUCCGUCCACGCGGAUGUUGAAGACCCAGGAUCGAGAGUGGCGUGGGUGGGGGACCCUGAGACGCCGUCCCUGAGGGUACAUCCGGGAGGGAGGGCGCAGGUGGAAGUCCCUGGCCAUCCUCCCUGCGUGAGGAAGGAUUCGGGAGGUCCUUGCUAUUACUUCGGCCACAGCGACAGCCCUCUGGAGCCUCCUCCUCCCCGCUGCGAUGACCUCGGCCUGAUCGUGUUUUGUGACGAGGUCGUGGCCCAAGCGCAGCAACCAGAGAGCCCCACCGGCCUGCAGCUGUACAACCGAGAGGUCCUAAGAGUCCCCCUCAGUUCUUCCCCAAAUCGUACCGAGGUCGUCGUCUCCAUACCCGAGAACGACACGAUCUUAUCCCCCGACGACUAUGCCUGCCGAGAGUCGUACUGGCAUUCGUGUGUGCAGUUGGUGGACGUCCCUGAGAGCUUGGAUUAUCUCUACAUCAUAGUUGUUGAUUUGGACGAGGAGGGUUAUGCGAACGUGUCCAGCGGAGUUCUGUUUGAAGUGUUCAAGGCAUGCGUCGUCCGUCUGUCUCACGACGUCUACGAAGUGAUCCCUGAUCCCUCGAACUCUCCCGGGAACUACACGGUGUUCCUGAACCACUACGCCGUUGUGUCCUGCGGCGGCGACGGGGCUCUGGAGGACUCGGGGUGUCGCGUGUACUUCGACCAAGUGAUUCAUGAUAGAAACUUUACGCUGAUGAAGGUCGGGCUCCCCGACAUGGUGAUUUAUCCGGCAUCUAAUGAAGAUCCCCUGCCAAGCUCAAAGAUUUACAGCAUCACCUCUUUGAGCGAAAGUUCUACGAAGAUGAGGGUGCAGAUCCAAAGCCCCAGGACUGUCGCAAAGGCCGAGUUUAUCUUAUUCGAGGACUACGUCGCCACGAGCAGCCAGGAGGUCGAGGUGUACCUUUUUGAUUCGGGUUACAUUGUGGACGUGCCCGCGUGCGAAGGGAAAUGCGAGUUCGUCAUCCUGGGUUACGGGGUCGAUGGGUCUCUGGUAGAGACAGGGGAAGCCUACGUAAAACUUGAAGACCUGGAUGUGGACGUCGCCGAGGUGGGCAGGGAAGCCGAUAAGGCCAAUUCGUCCCUUCGAGUGGAAACCACCGGGGAAAACGAUGCUAUAAUUGAGGGCGUGGGGAAAUGCAAAAGGUAUAGCAGCCCUUGCUACUUCUUCCAACUUGCGAGGGAGACGGUGGAGUCUGCAACGUACUGCGUCAACAUUACUACAUUACCCAUUUACGGCCUCAAUAGAACGUGGGUCUUUCACUGCAGCGAUUCUGUGACGCCUUACAGUGAACUCCCAGGCCACUUCUCCGUGUCCAUGGUAAACAAUUACAAGGUGGUGGUGAGUGGCAGCUUCCCUACCAACUUUACAGAGGUCGUGGUGUUCGACCCGGAUACACCUGAAGAAGAGCUCUCUAUCGGACACACAGAGUGUUCUAAAGUGACUGAGACUACAACAGAGUGCAUGUGUAUGAUCAAUCGCUCAGAUGAUGAAAGUCCUCUGAGGGUGUUGGUGACAGCGCUAGACAGCAAUGGAACUGUUUUGAGUUCAGUGAUGAUGACCUACGAGUAUACGUACCCCAAGAAGACGACGCCCGCCUGGGUUAUCGUUGUGUCAGUGUUUGGUUGUCUGGUCGUCGUUGCCGCCGCUGCCGCUGUCUUCUGCCGCAAGGAGAAACGGUGAAGCCGAAUUCUGUCCACGUAGAAAAAAUAAACUUGUAAGUUAUGAAGUGAAAUAUCUGUAAUCUGUUUAAUCUAAUUUUUAAAAAUCAUCAAAUGUAGUUUUUGGGUUCUUUUUAUUACAACAUAUAGAAUUAAAAAGAAUGUAAAAAAUAUUUUUUUUCUCAUUGUAGACUUAUUAUUAAUAUUAAUCAAUAUUUUUCUGGGGUCAUGCCUCUGAUUUGCAUAAAAAAGUGCCUAAUAAAGUGAGUAAUAUUGUUAUAUCAUUGAUAUUAUUAUUGUCGUCAUUAUUAUUAUAGUUUUCUUUUUUUAAUCAUUAAUAUUACCACUGUUAUUAUGACCACGGUCAUGUUAUUAUCAAUCGUAUUGCUGUUAUUGAUAAUUGCUGUUAUUUUUAUUAUUACCAUUAGUAAUGUUAUCACAGUUACUAACAAUAACAUCAUUAUCAUCAUA